UAAAAGACGACAGGAGAGGACGACACGUAGACUGUCCAGUUUCCUGUUGUACUGAGCCGAAAUGGACUUUAAUUAAACACAUUACAGCGGAUUUCAGACUGCAGUAUUAUUCUGUCUGUUACUUAAAUCAGCGCUCUCGUGUUUCGGCUCCUAACAGCCUUAAUGGAGACAGGUCGAGGUGUGGUUUUAGCCUCAGAGAGGUAUGGCAGUGCAGAGUCCUGGAAGUAUUUUGCUAAGGAUGCAGUGAUGGAGAGGAGAAGGGAUGGUAGGGAAGGGGAGUCCAGAGGAAACUCUGUUGUUGGAGUUUUUAAAAGCGUCUUUCUGCCUCAAGGCUAUCCAGAAAGCGUCAGUGAUGAUUACCUGCAAUACCAGUUUUGGGACACUGUGCAGGCUUUCUCCAGCUCUCUGUCAGGGACUUUGGCCACUCAGGCUUCUCUCAAAGGUGUCGGCGUUGGAAACCAGGAGGCGACUGUCGCUGCAGCCACAGUCACCUGGUUACUAAGAGAUGGAACUGGCAUGUUGGGAAGAAUCCUCUUCGCUUGGCAGAAAGGGAGUAAACUGGAUUCUGAGGCCAAAAAAUGGAGACUAUUUGCUGAUGUUCUAAACGACAUUGCCAUGUUCAUGGAAAUAUUGGCUCCGUUCUUUCCUGCUUGCUUCACCCUGAUUGUGUGCACUGCAGGGAUUUUCAAGUCUCUUGUUGGAGUGGCAGGCGGUGCCACCAGAGCUGCUCUGACUGUUCAUCAGGCUCGCAGAGACAACAUGGCCGACAUCUCUGCCAAAGAUGGCAGUCAGGAGACUUUAGUGAAUCUGGCUGGACUGAUGGUCAGUUUGAUGCUCAUUCCUCUCGUCACUGAUAAUCCAAUGCUGACUAUCAGCCUCUUCUUCCUCUUCACCGCCCUCCACCUCUUUGCCAACUACAAGGCUGUGCGUUCGGUUGUGAUGGAAACCUUCAACGAGGCGCGGCUGUCGACCGUGCUGCAGCAGUACCUGAGAGACAGACGGGUCCUGAGUCCUCUGGAGGCCAAUCAGAGGGAACCCGUUUUCUUUGAGUUUAGGAAAACUGUGCCAGUCAAGCUUGGAGUGAGGCUGCAGGAGGUUGUACAAAGCCUUGAGGAAUUUGAUUUGGCUUUGAAGGAAAACAACAUGCCUUACCUGUUGGGAGUACGAAAUGGCUGCGUCUGUGUUUGUUUGGGACCUGAAGCAUCAGUGUGUGAUGAACUCAGAGCAAUGUGCCAAGCUCUGUGGCUCAGCAGCAUGUUGAACUCUCCAACGAAACAACAACAAAGUCACUGGGAAAUGGUGCAUGAGAGUCACAAGUUGAUGGACACAAUUUUCAAUCCAUUUAUCAAAGGUGUGGAAGCUGCAGGAUGGGACAUAAAGCGAACUUUGCUGGACUGGAAUGAGUGGAGGGUCGAGUGGAAAACAAAAAGCAACUGAGCUGUGAGACAUCGGCAGUGAUUAUGCACUGUUUAUAUCACAUUUUUUAAUACAUGUAAUCAAACAGUGCUAUUUUUAAGUAUCUGUUGUUUGGUUAACUCUGUGUUCAAAUCUUAAUGUAUAUGACCCAGGUAGAGAAAACCAUCUAUAUUUGUAAGGAAUAUUUUGAUUUUUACAGGUGUAUUAAAUUCAAAGCUGGACCAAAUGUUAA